UAAUGUUAGGAUUAUUUUGGUUGAUGUUUAUGGAAAAGUUAUUCAUAUGGGUUGUAUAUAUUCUAUAGUUUAUUUAUAUUGCUCUCUGCAAUUGUAAAAACAAUGUUUUAUUUAAGAUGAAAUCAAGUGAAGUAUUCUAUAUAAUGUGGGGGGAAAGAUAGGGGAGAAAAAUACUGAAAGAAUAUAGUUAAUUAAAUGAUACCCUUUUCACCCAAAUAGUUGGUGGUUCAUACGGUAAUAUACACAAAGCAGAUACAGUUGUUGGCCCAAUAACAGUAUUCCGUGCUCUCCCCAGGAUUUUGUAAUGAAACCAUGAGACCGAACAGGACACCUCCUUCAAGUCUCUCAACAGUACUUAUUUUUAACAGAAAUCACACUCAGGAGUGAUUGCAGGACAUUUACUUAAUUAAAAAAAUGAUAAGUUGGUGAUAUCUUAUGUGAAAAAUCUCCCAUAUUAAAACAAAACAAAAAACUGUCUUCCUAGAAAAUAAACCCCUCUUGAGCCCCAUAUUCCUUUCCAACAAUCAUCACAUUUUUCUGUUCAUUUGACAGCAGAAGCCCCUCCACAUGGGAUACAUAUCAUCUUCCCUUCCUCUGCCCCUGCUCCCACUUGUUCCCAGUCUCAUCAGUGAGGCAUGUGACUGCACAACUCUACCAGGACAUCUUUCCUUGGUCACCAGUGAGCUCACGUUGCCAAAUCCAAUGGCCAAUUCUUAGUCCUUGUCCUCACCUACCAUUCAUCUCUGAAACAGGCGAUCACCCCCUUUUCCUUGUCACUUUAUAUCACAUCUCACAAUUUUCCUUCUACUUCACACGAUUCUCCUUCCCGCUCUCCUUUCCCCUUUCUCACCUCUCCUUUGUUGGAUAUCCUUAUCUUCCCAACUUCAUAUUGGGUGGCAAAUCCAUGGGCAUCCUUCUCUCUAACCAUGCUCACUUCUGUGUGGUCUCAUCUAUGUUCAUGGCUUUAAUUGCCAUAUGUGCAUGUAGUGAUGACUUGCAAUCAUAUACCUCCAUUCCGGACCUCUCCCCUCAACUCCAGAGUAAUACACUGACUACCUGACAUCUUCCUUUGGGUAUCAGAGAGCAUAGUUAAUGACUGCAAAACCUCAGCUACCCAAUUUCCCACUUCUGCCUUCCUUCUCCCUCUGUUCCAUCCCCCUAGUAAAUGUUCCCUCUAUUUCCUAUAAAUGUUCAUUUUUUCAUGACUAAUGUAUUCCAAAUUAGAAGGCUUCCCAACAGUGACAAAUGGACAGCAAGGAAGAACCUUCUUCCCUCCCUUAUCCCAAACUUAGAAGAUGCUAACAAACAAGCCAGAAAACCAAACCAGUUUCUCAGAAAAAGAAUAUUUAAGCUUUGUCCGUGGAACCACUACUGCAGUUGCCAGUGGUUUCCUCUAAGGGCACACACUUCUGUGGAAUCGAAAUGAGAUGGUGUUGGGCAAGAGACUGUUUGCCUUGGGUGUAGGAUUACAGUCAGACAGGGUGUGCGUUUGCCCAGAGAAAUCUUUACAAUUGAUGGAGCACCCACACUGAAGAUCACAUGGGGAAGAAGUGGUACAAGUCCCGGAGGUGUUAGUAAGAGAAAAAAAUGCAGCCUUCUGGGACAGGGAGAACUUUUAUCCAUUGUAUGCUUUGAGGAGAUCCUCUUUGUCAAAUAAGUUCACAAAGGUUUGAUCAGAAGACAGUGUUGUAGAUGGGCAGGGGUGAAGGCUAUUUCUUCUGGAUUCUUGUUUUCGGAAAGCCACCACUGGCAGGACUUUCUGCAAUGUGUAGGCAUGGGAACCAGCUAGAGAAAGUGUUGAUUCACGAGAGGGAAGCUGAGCGCUCAGUGGCCUUUGUGUGCAGUGAAUGGGUCCGGAAAGGCAAAAAACGGUGAGAUUCCCUGAUGGGGUUUCUCAUCUCCAUGGCGGUAGGUGCUGACAGCCUCAGAGAGAACAUGAAGGGGCAAAGAGGAAAGAGUCCAAGAUGUCUAGCUGCAGUGCUCUUAUAAGGUGAAAAGGACACGGGGUUUUGAUCUGAACUUCAUUAUCUGUAACUAAGGUUUUAAGUGAACACCCAAACCAAUCAGUAGCGAGCAUCUAAAACUAUUGCUACUACGAAGCUCAACUGGAUGCUCGAAGAGCAUAGGGAAGAAUGAGCUAUUACGGCAGCAGCUAUCCCAUUGUAAACGUGGACCCCAAAAAGCCAGGCUAUCCCCCAGAGCAUAUUAUAGCUGAGAAGAGAAGAGCAGAAAGACGUCUGCUCCUCAAAGACGGCAGCUGUAACGUGUACUUCAAGCACAUUUUUGGAGAAUGGGGGAGCUACGUGGUCGACAUUUUCACCACCCUUGUGGACACCAAGUGGCGCCAUAUGUUUGUGAUCUUUUCUCUGUCUUAUAUUCUCUCCUGGUUGACAUUUGGCACCAUCUUUUGGCUAAUAGCCUUUCAUCAUGGAGAUCUGUUAAGUGAUCCAGACAUCACGCCUUGUGUUGACAACGUCCAUUCUUUUACAGGAGCGUUUUUAUUCUCUCUUGAGACCCAAACCACCAUCGGUUAUGGUUACCGCUGUGUCACCGAAGAAUGCUCUGUGGCAGUGCUCACGGUGAUCCUUCAGUCCAUCUUAAGCUGCAUCAUAAAUACCUUCAUUAUCGGAGCUGCCUUGGCCAAAAUGGCAACCGCUCGAAAGAGAGCCCAAACCAUUCGGUUUAGCUAUUUUGCACUCAUAGGCAUGAGGGAUGGGAAGCUUUGCCUCAUGUGGCGCAUUGGUGAUUUCCGACCAAACCACGUGGUAGAAGGCACAGUGAGGGCCCAGCUUCUCCGCUACACAGAAGAUAGCGAGGGGCGGAUGACAAUGGCAUUUAAAGACCUAAAAUUAGUCAAUGACCAGAUCAUCCUUGUCACCCCAGUAACUAUUGUUCAUGAAAUUGACCAGGAGAGUCCUCUGUAUGCCCUUGACCGAAAAGCAGUAGCCAAAGAUAACUUUGAGAUUUUGGUGACAUUUAUCUAUACUGGCGAUUCCACGGGAACAUCCCACCAAUCCAGAAGUUCCUAUGUUCCCCGAGAAAUUCUCUGGGGCCAUAGGUUUAAUGAUGUCUUGGAAGUUAAGAGAAAGUAUUACAAAGUGAACUGCUUACAGUUUGAGGGAAGUGUUGAAGUAUAUGCUCCCUUUUGCAGUGCCAAACAAUUAGACUGGAAAGACCAGCAGCUCCACAACAUGGAAAAAGCCCCGCCAAUCCGGGGAUCUGGCACCACAGACCCCAAGGUCAGAAGAAGUUCAUUUAGUGCAGUUGCCAUUGUCAGCAGCUGCGAAAACCCGGAGGAGACCACCACCUCUGCCAUGGAUGAGUGUACGCCUGGCCUGUGGACCUCAAGAAACCAGUCCUACUACUUAUACCCUUGGGACUCCAUCCAUCCCAGAGCCCAGCCUCAGUUCUAAAUCUGGUGUGGCCUCUCUCUCUCCCUUUCGCUUUUAAAGGACCCGUUCUCCAGAGACGGCAGCUCUGGGCUUCACGCACGGAAUCCAAGUCCGAUAGCAGAGACACAAGGGACAGCAUACACAGCAGGAGAGGCGUUUGGCAAAUUCUCUGCCGCAGUUCUCCUGGCUAGGAGGUCUUUGAAAAUGAAAGCUAGUAGCUGGGACUCAGUUCAGAUAAAUGUGUGGGCAGAGAGAAGGAAGGGCUCCUGCGGGUCAUUUUACCAAAGAGGCCAAAUCUUAGUGUUGCUGGCGAACCAGCCCCGGAUCUGCAUUGUUUUGGAGCUUUUCCUCAGGGAGGAAAACCUGACAUCCAAGUGAAUCCCCUAGUUCCUCCUUCAUGGCUCAGAGUUUAUGAAAGCAACUUAACACAGCCUCUUAAGAGUGUGUGCCUGGGUCAUGAGAUGUGGCGGGGGUCAAGUGGCAUCUUUCCUUCUCCUGUGCCCCAGAGCUCUCUUCUUUAGGGAAUGUCCAUGCCUGGGGUUGCCGAUCUUUUGUGCAGUUUGGAGACUUAUAUCGACAUGGCUAAAUGUUUUGAAGUUCAAUAGACUCUUGGUUGCUGAAUACCUAGUGGGGAAAAUCUGUAAAUGAAUUGAAUUAAAUAAACCGUUGCCUUUUGCUGUUUGGGCUGAUUGAUGUCUGCUAUUGUAUAAAUACUGCAGAGUAAAAGAAUCCUGGGUCUUGAGUCAGUCUGUCAUCUCAAGAAAAAGCAGCUGGCCUGAGAUGGAGAGUCUUCUCAAUAAACAAGGCAACCUGAGCUGGGCAAUCACUGAACUCGGGCCUUCAAUGCAAACUUUGGAGCCUCCACGGGCUGCAGAGAAACAGGUUCAUCACAGAGAGUUUUCAGCAGGCCCAGCAGAUGAAAACCCAAACAGAUCAAGUCUUGCUAAAUUACAUAGGCAAAGAAUGCUCUUUCUCUAUGCUAUCAUUUACCACGGGGGCCUAUAAAACAUCCUUAAUCACUGUCUAAGGAACUUGAACUUGAGACAGAAAGAGCCCCAAGAGGUUUAGACCCUGUGAAAACUUCUUUACAGAAACUUGUCAGAAACUUUCAGAUUUCCACAUAAAAUACUUCAGUCACAUGCGCUGCAUAGUGUGGGUAAAGGCUCUUUAUUUGAAUUAGAAGCACAUGCUGGAGAUCAAUUAUUUAUUAGGCUGCCUGUUGUUUCUGAUACUGGCUUGCCUGGGGAAGGGCGGCGAGCCACAGGGGCUGAGCUAUGGACAGAGCUAACCUCUGCCAGCUGCCAAUUCCAGAACCAAAGAUUUUGAGGACGUCAGAGGGAUAUCAGCUCAUUGAAUCAGAUUCCAUUUUACCUAUGAGGAAACCCCCAACUUAGAGAAGUGAUCUGCCCCGGAGGGAUGGCAGAGGAAGAAAACACAGCUACCAGUGACCAGGCUUCUUAGGAAUCCCCACAGGCAAUACAUUAGCAGUCCCGACGCUGCUGCAGGUGGAGAUAUUUUUCUUCUGUAACCAUUAAAUGGGAGAAGUGACCACUUCAAGGCUUAAAUAGAAGCACGUUUUUUUUCUAGAAGUGCUUCUGAACUGAACUGUUUGUUCAUCAGUGAUUAUUUAGAGAAGCUGGAGUGUGGGCAAGGAAAGAAAUGCAAGAGAUGGCUGGUGAGUGCAAUGAUGAAUGUUGGUAAAUUUUUUCCAAAUGUAACAAAAAUGAUACCAUUUUAAAAAAAUGGCUCACUGGGGCAAUGCUAACGCAUUGUGGGGUUCGCCUCUGUGUACUGGUUACCAUCACCAAACCUUUCCCCUUGGAAGCAGGAACAUUUAGCCCUCUGGCAGGGCCGGCCGUAGGGAAUAAACAAACACAAUGAGUAGUGGGGUUUUUCUUCCAGGAAACUGAUGGGGUCAUUUUUGAGGCAGGACCCCUACAAGGAAAGGAGCCCACCAGGGACAGGUGCGUAGAUCUGGGCUGACAACAGCUGCUCAUCUGAUUAAUCAUGCAACUUGGAGCAACUUAAUUGACAUUUGUGAUUCUUAAUUCCCCUCCCUAUAGUUCUUUUUGAUGUACUGAGAAGGCAGACUUAGAGCUGGACUGCCUACUUCUGGAUCUUAGUUUUUGCUGUGUGACUUGGGGCAAUUUAGUUACUUUUUUUGUGCCCCAGUUUUCUCAACUGCGAAGUGAGGAAAAUAACAGUACCCACCUCACAAUUGUAAGGAUGAAGCAAGAUAAUAUUUGUAAGGUGUUAGAGCAGGCUGGGUACAUAAUAGGUGCUAAUAAAGUGGGAGCUAUUAUUUAUCAGCAGCAGCAAACUCUGUCCAUGUCAGUAUUAUCAGUUAGCUUACAUUCCUUAACUUUUAACAUUGGCUUAAGCCAAAACAAAAAAAAAA